GCAUCUGUCUUUCUUUUAAUCUCGCUGCUUGUCAUUUGUUAUUCACGGCAUAUAUGGCUGCUUGGUAGGUCUAGGUUGGCUUACUACCUGCCGGGAGCGACUGUACAGCAAACUACAGUCGAACGAAGUUUCUCAAUCUCAUUGCACGCGUGUCAGCUACCUCAGCCGUGCUCUCCAAAGCUGAUUUUAUUCAGUGUGAAUCGUCCUUCACAGACCGUCGACGGAAGCAGGUUUCUUACAUCGCGCCUACGCCAGCUAUAGCAUGUGGCCAUACCUUGUUCAUGGCCAAGCGUCUGCGUCGACAUCCGAGACCGAUUCGCCAUCUCUACUCGCUCUUCUCUCGUUCGCAAAGAGCACGCACCUGUCCAGCAUUCUGAUCAUUCUUGUGACCCUCUUUCUCGGACUACUCAUCGCUUUUGCUAUCAUGGUCUCCAUAGUCAGAUCCGGGUUUUCCGGUGGCUUUGAUCUUCCUGACUUUACAAAUAUCUUGAGCUCUUCGUUGUGGCAUGGUGGUUCGGGUAUCGGACAUGACGAUGGUGAGGAUAUCGAUGGGUAUGCAGAGAGUCAGAGGUUUAAGGGAGUGCUGGGUGGGCUUGUGAAUACCGGCAACACUUGCUUUAUGAACUCGGUGAUCCAGUCACUAGCAUCACUACCAUGCAUGAACGAGCUGACCUCUCUCCCCGCGGCCGAAGGCCUCGAAGUGACAGAAGCUUUAGCCAUGCUCCUCUCCGAUCUAAACACCUACAUGCCCCGCCGGCACGCUCACUCACCCGACGUCCUGCUCCGCGCGCUAAAGUCCAAUCGCUGGACCGCCGACACCGAACAGCAGGACGCGCACGAGUUUCUGCUAUCGCUCCUGGACUCGAUCCGCACUGAGCAGCAUAAAGAACUUGCGCGCAAGCACGCUGCGACUAUUUCGAUUUCUGCAGCGGCGAAAGCUAUUCGUCAAGAAAGCAAAGAGCCUGAGGCUGAGAAGAAGGAAGACGAGGGCUCUACUGAUACGCCGCCGGUGUGUUUACUGCCGUUCGAUGGCCUGACAUGUACUCGAGUGAUGUGCACAGAAUGCGGCGAAAUGCAAUCUUUCCGACACCAGAUCUUCUCCUCGAUCGAACUUGCACUGCCUCCUUUAUCAAUAAUGUCAUCAGGCUCCUCGAUAUUCGGCGCAAAGUCUAUGGACUCGGCUACUCUGGAUUCCAUGCUCGACUCCUACACCGCCCCGGAAACGCUCAGCCAGGUGAACUGCCAGCGAUGCUCGCUCGUAGCCGCCUACGCCCAAAUCGAGCGGCUGAUUUCCAACGCAAACACAGUCAUCUCCUCAUCAACAGAGCAAGAAGACCAGACACCGCAAGAGACAUCUACUCCCGACACAGCCGGCAAGACCAAAUUAUCAACAGCACAAGAGCUGAUGCCGAUCAUGAUCACCCGCCGCGACGCAAUCAAGGAGAUCCUGUCAAACUCCACGAUUCUCGACUCUGAGUUUGAGAAAUACAAGCCGCCGCGUCUUGUUGCGUCCUCGAAAAUCAAGCAAGUGACAUUGUCGCGCGCGCCGCAGGUUCUGGCGCUGCACGUCAAUCGAUCAGAGUACGACAUGCGCUACGGGGGCGCGCGGAAGCGGAAUACAAACGUUGUGUUUAGCGAGCGAAUGCAGGUCCGGAGAUUACUCACCUCUUUCUCUGGCGCAAAGGCAGAAGACGGCCGGUACCGAGACGAUGACGACGAGAGAGGACCGGAUCAUCCGGAGGUCUGGUAUAGGCUGAUGAGCACCGUCGUUCAUUUCGGCAGUCACUCGUACGGACAUUAUAUCUCGUACCGACGAGUCGCUGGGAACAAGUGGAUGCGGAUCUCGGAUCGUGACGUGCGUGAGGCGUCGCUGAGUGAGGUUUUGAGUAACGGAAUGGUCGUCUUGCUGUUUUACGAGCGCGAGGAGCCUGUCGAGUUUGAGUCUUUUGAUAUGCAGGAGAACAAUGUAUCCGUACCCGUCGUCCGCAGCAACAAGCAAGAGCUCGAGGCGCUGAUAAAAUCAGAAACCGACGCCCUGCUCUUCGACAGUCAUGAAAACGACACCUCGGAUGGUCUACUCGCUACCUCCUCCUCCUCCUCCUCAACUUCAAGCGACGACCCGUCCUCGCCCACCCUCGCACCAUCAGCGACUACAUCUUCCUCUCUCAACCCUCCCGCCACCAAUCCCCGCGCCCGCCCGCUCUCUGCAUCAAACCCAAAGCUCAAUCUGUCGGACACUCACCCACAGCGUGCCAUUUUCGCAAACUAAGGCCCAAGAAGUCUUCGAGUUGUUUGCACCAGUGAGUCUCAACGAGCAUUUUCAAUUUUCUUUAAUAUCAAUUUUCUUUUUCUUAUCAAAAUGGCUGGUCUUUGUUGUUUCAUGGAGUAUUUGUUUUCGUUCUUAUCUGUUCACUUUGGCCCGGUGUUUCUCUCAUAUUUUCUACCGACUUGGAACGAGACGUUUCUGUUCCUUUCCACAGUCUUUCUUUUCUUUUUUAUUAGUUGCUAUUCUUAAGGAUUGCGUUGUAAGCAUCGCAGAUGGUGCGAGUGAAGGGGUUAUAUCUUUUUUUUCGGUAUCGAAUUAGUGAGUGAGUGAGUGGGGAUUUGGUCGUAUGCCGUUUCAUGGUUUAGGCUAUCGUUGUAAAUAGGUUUUCUCUUUUCCAGUUUUCGUUUUCUCUUUUCCAGUUUUCGUUUCUCUUAAUGGUAUUAAUAUUCUCGUCAAAAGAUCUUGAUUAAGCG